CACUAACAUCUUGAUUAGUUUAAACAGCAGUUUUGGAUCUAUGUGUCGUCCACACACAGAGUUGAUGUUUCACUGUGGCUUAUAAACCACAGUUAAACAACAGCUCUGGAUCUGAAUGACACACAGAGCUACUACUGAACUCAUUAAGCUAAUGUAAUUGUCAAACAAGCCUUGCCAUAAGCUUCAGUGGUAUAUUAUUCCACAGGGUUAAUGAACAGGCUGUAUAAGACAGUGUGAAUGUAUUAAAUUUUUUAUUGGCUCAUUAAGGUCAUCCAAAGCUACUAAGAAAAAUCAAAUACAUGUAAAUAAUUAAAAUAGACCAUUAAAAGCAAAACAAAAAAAUAAAGUUGAGCUGUUGUUCUAUUGGCCAUACUGAUUGCUGCUUAUUCAGAUUCAUUGGAAGAUCACUAUGGGGGAAGCAGCAACUGUUGUAUAUAACCAGCACCAGGCCGUGGGCUCCAAACCCCCAUGAUCAGAUCAUUUUUAAAUGAGGUGUAUCCUGUUUUUACUUUCUGGUUUGUGGACUUCUUUGCUGUAGAAGCUGGUGCCUAGAGCCUCCUAAUAGUUUGUGCUAUUCUGUUGCUGCUUGUGCUAAGCAGGUGCCAAACUACAGUAUAAGAUUUGUCCUAGCUUCACUUGUACAAUCUGGAAUAAUGAAGAGGAAGGGUGAGUAAAUAGGGCUAUGCAUUAUUAGUAGUAUUAAUUUGGGUAGUGGUUCCAACAUUCAUAAGUAGUGGGUUCUGCGCCUGCGCAGAUCAGUUUCAGGCAGAAUUUGUUAGCUCCUCGCGACACCUGUAACUGCCGAUUGCAUGUGAUUGCAGUACCCUCUAGUGGCGGUUGGCUGUCCCUUCAUUCAGUUUCUUUCUGACUGCCGUAGCAAUCAGACCUCAGAAUAGUUGGCUCCUUGGAAUAUCGGAUUUCAGUUUGUUUCUCUACUAAAAAAACCUCUGACUACUUGCGAACGGACUUCGAUGAUUCUUUGGCUACCCCUUUGGUUUUGGUGCUAUUUCUGACUAUCUCCUGAUGACAAUUGGAAUUGGACUUUGACUACUCUUCCUCUACUCCUUCGGUUUGGUGCAAUCUCUGUCUCUCCCUUGGACCUUGGAACGGACGGCCAUUCUACUCUCAGUUGCGUUGGCAGUAAGAUGACUGGGAAGGGAAAAUCAGGUAAGAAGAAAACUACUUUUAAAAGGUGUUGUAAAUGCCGUGGGAAAAUCCGCUCGACCGAUGGCCACGCCCAAUGCUUUUUCUGUUUGGGAGUGGCACAUGAUACCAUACAGUGUUCCGUCUGUGUUACUUUCAACAAACAGACUUUGAAAAACCGUGAGGCACGCCUGAAAGUUUUCUUGUUAGAGGAGGCUCUUUUACCAAAAAAGACCUCUGCGGCGUCUUUAGCGCCGAAGGCGGCACCUGGUUUGCAUUCUGUGGUCCCGGCGGGGGAGAGAAAACCGGCCGCAUCAGCUGCUUCGGCAUCAGCUACCUCGGCAUCGACCAGCUCGGCUCCAUUUAAAAGACCAAUGGGCCCGCGGUCCAGCCCGAAAAGAAAAGGCCAGUCUUUGGCGACGGAACCCCCGCCAAAGAAACAUAAGUAUAAGCAUAGGGGACACCAUUCUCAGGACGGGGCUCAAACCCCUUCGCCUUCAGGCCUCCAGUCUCUGCAGACACCUCUGCACCGGGCGGCCUCGUUGUCUCUGGCACCCACGCCGCGUCAAUAGCCGUCGACGCCGAGCUCUCAGUUGGAUACUGCUCAACAUCGAGAGCAUUCGACGCCGGGGGAGUCAGAGGCAACGCCCAUGGGUUCUACAUUGACGUCAACAUCAUCAGCUAAGUCACCCAAGGCGGCCUUGACAUCUUCUUGAACCUCUAAGGCUGCCAUGAACUCGGCGUUGACCACUGCAAGACCUUUGGAUAAGGCAUCGAAUCCAACAGUUGCAGUCAUACUGGACACGGAACUCAAUGCCGACGUCGAGUUAGAAGACAAUCCGGAGGAGAUUCCAGUUAGGGAGGACAUUGAAGACAUUGGAGAAUGCUCGGUGACUCCUGCGAGCAUAAGAACUCUCUCUACCAUCCGACUGUCCCGCUUACUGCACUCGGAGGAGAGCACACCUUCUACAGGAACCUUUGCUGGAUUUCAGGUCUCUGACAUUCUACCAAAUGCUAUACCUAAGACACCAUCUCUCUAGAUGAGGGGCAUACCAGUCAGUGGUCUCUUGCCUCAUGGAGGCUGGGGCGACUCCUACAUGGUGACCGGGGAGGAGUAUUCUCUUUUCUCCCAGUCGUUAAGAGACAGGAAUCAGGAAAUGUUACGAUAAAUGAAGGAGUCAGCGGUGCAGACGUCUUUUGCUCCAGUUCUACACACUGAAUCGGCUGUUCAGACCUCUGCGCCUUUGACACAGCAGCGAACGGUUUCACUCCAGACUACCUUCGUGCCCAAACCAUCUGAACCACCGCGGCCAACUCUUCGCCAGACAGCCACGCAAACAGCCCUUCCUCAGGAACCGAUUCAGGUAGCCACCACAGCAGUGGGAAAUUCACCUGUUCUCUUGGAUGUUGAUGAUGAUGAUGAUCUCUACACCUCUGAUUCUUCUGACCCAGGAGAACCAGAAGAGCCUAGUCUCCCAGACCCAGAUUCAGCUGUUGCUGCUGUCCCAUCCACUUCUCCAAAUGAAGAGAUGAAGGGUUAUCAUCAGGUGGCAGAGAUGGGACAGGUAUUGGGUUUACACCUCAAGCAGAAGUCUGCAAACUUAGAACCCAGUAUACAAUAUGAUGAGAACAGCGACAGGGUUACAGCCCGUAUUUAUACACAUGCUUUCUCAUAUUACCAGGGCAGCGAAUUCGGCAUGGGACGUGUUACAGACCUCGGCGCCCACUUCCAAGCGACUGGAGGCGUUAUAUCAUAUUCAGGAAGAAGAAAAUGAAUACCUUGUACAGCACCCAGCUCCAAACUCUUUGGUUGUAGAUUGUGCAACCUCAUCGAAGAGCGGCAAAAGACAUACGACACCAGCGGGCAAGGAGGGUCGUAAGCUAGAUGUGUUAGGCAGACGCACUUACUCGACGGCCUGCUUGUCUCUUAAAAUAGCAAAUUACAUUGCAUGCCAGGCAAAGUAUAUGCAUUCUCUCUGGGAGGCUUUGUUUAAUCAACGAGCAACAUUGGAACCAAGUAAAUUUGUGAAAAAAAUUGAGUUAGUAUUCUCAAAGACAACUGCGGUGACCCGCCAGCAAUUGGCAAAUGCCAAGCAUUUGGCUGAGUCAGAGUCAAGGUCAUUAACUACAUCCGUUGUUCUUAGGAGGCAUGCCUGGUUGAGGGCAACCAGGCUACAAGAAGACAUGAAAGAUCACAUCACAAUUUUACCAUUUGAUGGUGAGGGUCUUUUCUCAGACAAGACGGACUAGAACAUGGAGCAGUGGAAGAAAUCAAAGAUCACAGCACGCUCCUUUACGAAUCUGCAGUAUUCUAACGCCAGAUACCAGCCAUACAACCAGUAUCAGAGAAGGCAAACUUUCUAUCGCCAACCUGAAUAAAGAGACUUCAAGUGCCCCUACCAGCGCUACAAUAACAAUAAUAGAAAACCUUACUACCCUAGGAACAAGAUGGUUCAGUCCAACCGUACUAAGGGUGCACCGCAAUCCAAACAGCUGCUUUGAUCUGGGCUGGGACCCGACUGCAACCGACAGGUUGCCUCUUCAGCAUAACUGCAACCUCAAGACACCAAAGAAAACCAACACAAGGAACAACAUCUCCUUGAAUUCAACAAAGAAAACCAACACAAGGAACAACAUCUCCUUGAAUUCAGCCAGAAUAACCAUCAAACUGGCAAGCCAUGCCCAAGUGUGGCACCAUAUAACAUCGGACCAAUGGGUCCUGAGCAUAGUUGCAAUGGGCUAUGUGAUGGAGUUCAAGGAGCACCUGCCAUUUCUGGCCAUGAGAUACACUCCCGAGUCGCCGGUACUGUGGGAAGAGGUGCAGAAGCUCUUGCUGAAAGAGGCCAUAUCACCAGUGCAGGGGGCCCUGAGCCAGACGGGAUUUUAUUCCCGAUAUUUUCUUAUCCCCAAGCGUGAUGGGGGGAUAAGACCGAUAAUGGAUCUACAUGGUUUGAACCAGUACAUCGAGGUUCGGAAGUUCAGAAUGACAACGCUGCAAGCCAUCCUUCUGUUCCUCCACGAGAAUUGGAUUGCAUCGCUUGAUCUGAAGGAUGCAUAUUUCCAUGUCAGCAUUCAGGAAAACCAUUGCAAGUAUCUCCGCUUCACAAUGGGGACGGAGAUCUAUUAGUACAAUGUGUUGCCCUUUGGCCUCGUCACCGCCCCGAGGGUAUUCACAAAGCGCAUGGUGGUGAUUGUAGCCCACCUCAGGACACAGGGUCUGUCAGUGUAUCCUUUUUUGGAUGAUUGGCUUCUGACAGCCAAGACAUGAGCACAACUGCUAGAACACAUAGUUGUGGUAACAGCCCUGUUGGAAAACUUGGGCAUUCAGAUCAAUUGGGAAAAGUCGUUCUUGGAACCAACAAGGUGUCUUCGAUAUAUCGGCGUGCAGUUGGAUAUGGAGGAACAGAAGGCUUAUCUGCCAGAAGACCGCUUCCAUCGCAUCCGGUUGCUCAUCCACAGGUUUCAAAAGACGCCUGUCCAGAGAGCACAGAAGGUCCAGGUGUUACUGGGGCUCAUGGUGUCCUGCACCACAACGGUCCUCUGUGCAAAGCUAAGAAUGCGCAAAUUGCAGAUGUGGUUCCUCAGGGCCUUCCACCCCAGAACCGAGCCACAGUCCAGGCUAGUGACGUUUCCAGAGAAGGUCUUGUCCUCCCUGAAUUGGUAGACAAGAGAGACAAACUUGCUCAACGGGGUACCCUUCCUGCCUCCUCAACCGUCGGCCACGGUGACUUUCGAUGCCUCAAUGCAAGGCUGGGGAGCCCACUUGAUGCACUACAGGGUCUGUGGGCCCCAAAGGAGAGACUGCUACACAUCAAUUUCCUGAAGCUCUUGGCAGCAUUCAAGGCCUUGGUUGCUUUUCAGGAACAGGUUGCCGGCCAAACCGUCCAACUACAAAUGGACAAUACAACGGCCAUCGCUUAUGUAAACAAAGCGAGACAGUGUCCAGGUCUUUGUGCAAUCUCAGUCUUCAGUUGUGGAAUUGGUGCAUCCUGUGCAAGAUAUAUCCCAUCGCCAUACACAUCAAAGGCACAUUAAACUGCUUAGCGGAUUCACUGAGCAGGGAACUAGUGAUAGAGCAACACGAAUGGGAGCUACAUCCAAAAAUGGUGCAGCAGCUGUUUCUGCCGUGGAGAGUUCCAAAGGUGGAUCUCUUUGCAACCUGCGGAAACAUGAAGUGCAAGCAGUACUGCUCCAGGAUGGGAAUAGGGCCGGGGUCCAAGGGCGAUGCCUUUCAAUAUCAGUAGUGCCAGGAGAUGUUCUAUGCCUAUCCACCAACACCUCUGCUUCCCAGGGUGGUGGCCAAACUCCUUCACUACAGGACACAAGCAAUUGUAGUGGCACCAUGGUGGCCAAGGCAACCAUGGUUCACGGAGCUACUCAGACUGUCCCAGGGUCACUUCAGAAGACUUCCUGACUGGCCGAACCUACUCACACAGGACUACGGCCGCAUGAUGCACUCCAGCUUAGCUUUACUGAAUCUCACCGCGUGGAGGAUAGGCUUCUAAGGAAGAUCCUCCUUAACACCCAGAAGCUGUCCACUAGGUGCAGUUACCAGGCAAAAUGGCGCAGGUUUUGCGCACAUGCUGCCUCCAGAGGGUUUGCCCCCCAGAGGGGCUAGCCUGAAAUCGGUUCUGCUCUAUCUGACCUCUCUGAAACAGGAUGACUUAGCAAAUGUCUCCAUAAAAGUACAUAUGGCUGCCAUAUCAGCUCACCAUGACGGCUGGGAUGAGAAAAUGGUCUUCACCCACCCGAGAUGUAAGGACUCCCAGGUGGUGGGAAUUCUGCACUAUACAAAUGUCAAAAAUAGGAAUCCGUGUAUUAUUCUGGCUCUUAUAAAUACAUCCCAAAAUGUGUGUUCAAUGCUGCCAUCAGGGGUCAGCAUUAUUAGGCAGCUGUCAAGGAUCCACAACUGAUACCUGAGAUGGCCUCUUUGUGCUCAUAGCCUGGAAUUGCCAGGAUACGAUGGGGUCCAUGGAAGGGAUUUGCCAAGGCCCUCCUGAGACCAGCCCUGUGUGUGGCCUCUGAAUUCUCUCUGAUAAUAAAAAGAUCCUCAAAUGACUUACUUUCAAUAGCAAUAUUUUUCACAAAAGGCAAAAAUCUUCUCAGAGGAAUUAUUUUAUAUGCUUAGUUGUUGCUAAACAUAUGCA